UCAUAAUAUACCUAACUUUUAAUAUUCACAAUAAUAGAUUAAUAAAGUUACAUAAAUAUAUCUUAUGAUGAAGAAAUGUUUUAAUAAUUAUUUGAAAUGAGAUAGAAAAUUAUAUACGACAUCUAGAAGUAGUUAAUAUAAUUAUUUAUAAGGGAAAAUUCGAAUUACCCUACUUUCAUUAAGUAAAGAUUAAAGAAGUGUAAAGUUGCAGAUGCCUGAGCAUUGCAAAGCUUUUAUUAUCGCAUAAGAUUCACACACUAUGUAUCUUAUUAUAACUGUGACAUUAUUUAUAUUGGGCAUAUCUGAAGUAAUUAAUGGCGAAAGGCUACAUGGACGAAUAUAUUCAUCUAUUGAAGGAAGUGCAGCAUGUUUUCGAAGAUUAAAUGCUACACAUCAAGUAGGAUGUUCAUCUUCUGAUAAUGGAACAGUCGGUGUUGUCCAUAUGAUUAAUGAUAUAUCAGAUGCACAAUGGCUGGUGUACAACUCAAGUGCUGGACCAUACAUUGGUGUUGUCAGCACCAAUACUUUUAAUAGUGUUAUAGGAUUAUUGAUUGAGAAACAUUCUUCUAUUGCUGGGAUCUUGGUCUAUGACAAUGUCACAAUGAGGCCAAGUUCAUUCAGCCCAGAAACAAAGUGUCCAAAUGAUUAUCCGGGAAGUAACUGCUCUUCCCAACAGGGUGGUGUUAGUUGGAAUGAGAUGGGAACUGGUUUAUUAAGAACGGAUAUUCCAUUCCCUAUUUUCUUUCUUCCAUAUGAGAAGGCAGAUGAGCUUGAGAAAAUUGAAAAAUGCUACAAAAGCUUUAAUCUGGAUAAGGAUAAUCAAAGAGGAAAGUCACUGUGCUCUCUCCAGUUGAAUUCUUUUAUGUAUGCGGCUGUUAAUAGUGCAGUCUGUCUAAGAAGGUCAGCAUCAUCAGCAUUUUUGACGUCAACUAAAGUUUGUGAUCCGUUGGGUGACUACAAUGUGUAUUACUCACUUUUUCCACGUGUCCAGAACGAAACGAAAAGCAUGCCAGUUACACUGGUAACAGCCAGAAUUGAUUCAGCUUCCCUCUUUGAUGGUAUUGCACCUGGUGCAGCUAGUGCAGUGGUUGGAAUGGCAACAUUGAUUGUGUCAGCUGUCACAUUGUCACAAAUGAUCCCUGAUACAGAUGCAAAACUCUACGAUCGUAAUGUGCUUUGGACACUAUUCAACGGUGAAUCAUUCGACUACAUCGGGUCGCAGCGCGUCGCGUACGAUCUGAGUCGAGGGGCGUGGCCAGCUGUCAGUCCGCUCUCACCAGCUGACAUUAAGCUGCACAUAGAGAUCGGACAGCUCGGGGGUUCCCUGCAACUGUUCAAGGACAACACAUCCUGGCCCCUGCACGCUUUUGCACCGUACAGCGAAUUGCCUUCAGAGGUCACUGUAUUCCUAGCUAAAAUGGAUCAGUUAUUCGGUAAAAGAAACAUGACGUACCUAGAACCGGAGCUAACUACAAAUCUGCCACCGUCCUCGCUUCAUUCCUUCCGUCGGAUCCUCACAAAUGCCACUCAGAGCGGGCUGCUUCCCGAAGUACUGUUGACCGAUCACAAGCAGACGUUCACCAACAUGUACUACGAGUCGGCCCUUGAUGAUUUUCACAAUAUUGUGUACAAUUAUCAUAACAUCAGCAUCGGCAGUGAUGGAGUGUUUAGGACUACAGAAGAGUUGAUAGCUGAUGGAAACAUGACUGAGAACGAAGCGCAAGUGAAAAUAGCGAAGGUGGCGACCGUGCUAGCGCAGACAUUGUACGAACAGGUCACGGGUGUCGCAUACAACGGCUCGCUGGAGACUUCUGCUCACCUGGUGGACGAAUUGCUCCAUUGUUUCCUUCAAAGCCAGUCGUGCCGGCUGCUCAUAGCGGCGGACUACGCCAGCAACGGCGAGGAGUCUUCGGUGGAGAAGGCGGCGCCGCUGUAUGUGGGCGUGUCCACGUGGGCGACCCGGCCCGCCCUCUACGCCGGACACCUGCUGGCGCUGCUAACGGGCACACACCGGAACAUCAGCAGCGAGGCGUGCAACGCGCUGAACGAUACGAACUAUUCACAAUACUAUUUAAAAGGAUGGGACCACAAAGGCGUUUGUAUACAGACAACAAUGAACUUUAGUCAAGCUGUCAGUCCAGCGUUUGUUAAAACAGAUUACAACUUCACAUCCGGUGAAUAUUCAACGUGGACGGAGUCUGUGUGGCAGACGAUGUGGGUGCGAGUGUUUGUGAGUUCGAGCGGCGCGGGCGCCAGGUUGGCGGCCAUUACGGGCGUGUUUGCGACCGUCCUAGCGGCCGUCACCACCUAUUGGCUGCAGAACUACGCGCCUCUGGUGUUCAGUCUGCCGGCAAGCUCUGCGGUCACCAGUGACGGAGCGUCAGGAAUAUUGCGGACAGUGAACUGUUAGCCGUAGUGUUAAGUAAUAAGAAUUAAAUUAUGUUAUUUAUUGCAUUCCACGCCUAGUAAUUCUUUAACUAAUAAGUGCAAAAAUUUAAACACUUCUAUAUAAAUAUUUAGUUCUAUUUCUGUCCUCACAGAGUUCGUGCAUCAAAUAAAUCAUUUGUGAGCAAAGGAUAUGAAAGUGGUUUUUGAUUAAUUUUAUAUCUUACUAGUUGACCCGACCGACGUUGUUCUGUAUAUAAUAAAUAAAAUAAUGUUUAUAUAUUAAUUUGUCAAUAAUAUUUCAUAACAUCAAGAAUUAUUUCGUAAAAUAUGCACCCUGCAGCAGCUGUCGUAAUGAAAUUGUUUCACAGCAGAACUGUCAAACCGUGCGUCAAUAAAUUCUCUCAUAGAAAUUAUGUAUGGACACAUCAAAGGAAAAACAAAUUUGUUGUUUUUAUUUAAUUUAGCAGCAUUUACCUAUUUAUUCACCUUUUAAACCUUCUCUGGACUUUCACAAAUAAUUCAAGACCAAAAUUAGCCAAAUCGGUCCAGCCGUUCUCGAGUUUUAGCGAACAGCAAUUUAUUUUUAUAUAUAUAGAUUUAAAUGGUCAAUCGCUUUUGGUCGUGUAAUACACAUUUUAUAAUUGUCUGCAUUAUCAUGUGACGCAGCACAGCCUCGAGGAAGUUCCACUUUAAAUUUUCCGAUAUUUUUGCCAGUUGUAAACAUUUCAAAGAAAUUCUUAUGGUUUCAAAUGGAGCGAUUUAAUCGAACAAUUUUCAAGUAAAUUCAAAUUGAGUUCAAUAAGUGAUUUUGAAUAUAUUUUGAAUAAAAAAAAUGAAUUAAAGGGAAUUGACCAAACAUGGUUUCUUUUUGUAUUAGAUUCAAACUGGUGUCAAAAAUUAAGUCUUUUGUGACAAAAUUUGCUGUUUAAAAAUUUUGUAAUGAAAAAGUACAGAUUCUUUCCUUGGCACUGAUAAUUCCUUGAAAGUUAAAUGUUUUUUAUUCAAAUAAUUUUUUUGUCAAAAAUACAUAAAAAUAUAACAAACUCAUGAAAAUUUUUAACCUAUUUUUCGCAAAUAACGCGAACUGCUUACGUUCAUAAGGCAUAUAUAAUAUAUUACAUUAAUCGUUAGUGUCUCGACGGAGAGUUAAACAAAUUAACCAAAAGAUGCCUACAGUGACGCUAAACCUUAUUAAAUUUGUUUUAUAAGUUUC